AUGACCAAGUGUGAAGUAGACGAAGCUUCGUAUCUAAAGCCAGGCGAGGUGGAUGCCGGUACGUCCAUUAUUGCGGUACGCUUCAAGGGUGGCGUUGUACUAGGCGCUGACUCACGCACGUCCACGGGAACGUAUGUCGCUAACCGCGUCAGUGAUAAGCUCACGCCGCUACACGACAGAUUGUUUUGCUGUCGCUCGGGAUCAGCCGCGGAUACACAGGCACUUAGCGACUAUGUGCGGUACUACUUGAGUUCGCAUAGUAUAGAGCUCGGACGUCUACCUAAGGUAGGCACAGCUGCGAAUCUUUUCCGUUCGCUGUGCUACCACAACAAGGACCGCCUACUCGCAGGCAUUAUCGUGGCUGGUUGGGACCCUGUGAAAGGCGGUCAGGUGUUUUCUAUUCCAAUUGGUGGAGCAAUGGUGGAGCAAGAUUUUGCCAUAGGUGGUAGUGGUUCUACGUACAUCUACGGUCUCGUGGACUCAGAAUACCGACCGGACAUGACAAUGGAAGAAUGCCAGCAUUUUGUUAAAAAAGCACUGGCGCACGCUAUGGCACGCGAUGGAAGCUCCGGUGGCGUCAUUCGUACUGUCACUAUUACAGAGAACGACGUGGUGCGAGACUACACGUGUGGCGACGAUAUCCCCUUUAUCAUCUAA